UGGUUUAGCAAGAGAACGGAGUCAGGAGACGCGGCGGGAUCCUGUUGUUGGAGAAGCAAGCGCGAAUAGCGGGAUGAGGAAGUCUCCAAUUCAUGGCACACAAUUGACCACAGCACCGGUCAAUGUGACACGAGUAUUGCAUGGAGCAUGCAACUUCAGUGACAGCCCUAGAAGGUGAAGAAGCUCAGUCCUCGGAGGAAAUGUUCAAGUGCAGCGCUGGAACCUCUGUAAAAUUUUAACCGGUUCAUAACCAUCCACCCGGCAUUGGCGCCUCAAUGAGGAGCGUAUGAACAUGCACCAUAGAAGGACUACUCUACCUUUCGGUUCAGUACAUUCCACAGAUGCUUGGGCCAGAGAAGAGAUGUAAAGAUACUAAAACAAUUUCAGCCGGUGCCGCUGUGCAACAGCAAUCCAGUGAGCGAAAGGAGAGCAUCUCCCCACCCUGCCCCUGAGUCCCCCAACCCUUCACCACCAUCAUGACCUCUGAACUAGGGAGCAGCCUUACCUCCAUGGACUGGCUUCCCCAGCUUACCAUGCGGGCAGCCAUCCAGAAAUCCAAUGCCGGGCACCAACACCACACUCACGUGUACCCCCAUGGGCAUCAUGGCCACGGGCUGGGAAAGAAGAAUGCCCCGCUGGACCAGGGAAACAUGCUGGACCAGGAGGAGGUGGCCCAGCAUAGGGAUGGCAAACCACCCUACAGCUACGCCAGCCUUAUCACCUUCGCCAUUAACGGCUCGCCGCACAAGAGGAUGACCCUCAGCGAGAUCUACCAGUGGAUCUGUGACAACUUCCCCUACUACCGGGAGGCUGGCAGCGGCUGGAAGAACUCAAUACGGCAUAAUCUGUCCCUGAACAAGUGUUUUCUCAAAGUGCCUCGCUCUAAAGACGACCCUGGGAAAGGGUCCUACUGGGCUAUAGACACCAACCCUAAAGAGGACACACUGCCCACCAGACCAAAGAAGAGGCCGCGCUCUGGAGAAAUGGCCUCCACCCCCUACAGCCUGGAAUCGGAGUCCCUGCGAAUGGACUGUAUCAUGUACGGAGAUGCCUCUCCCACUCUGGCAAUCAACACUGUGACUAACAAGGUAGUGUUGUACAAGACGGAGCAGGAGGACAGCGACAGCCCCAGGAGCAGCCUCAAUAACAGCAUCUCUGACCAGAGCCUGGCCUCAGUCAACCUCAAUAGAGUAGGCAUCGUGCACAGCUACACGCCGGUCAGUAAUCACUCAGAACCCUCCUCCCAGUCUCUGAGUUUAAAGCUGCAUCCUCCCCCUCCACUUCCUCCUCCUCCCCAGCCCCAGCCCCAGUACAACGUAGCCGAGGGGGACAAGCAGCUCCUCUUCUCCGACUGCUCGGACCUCAGUGCCUCCUUCCGCAGCCUCUACAAGUCUGUCUUUGAGCAGUCCUUCAGUCAGCAUGGUCUCAUGGGUAUGCCCAGCGAAUCGAGCCAGCAGCCACGGACGUUGUGCUCCUACCAGCACUCCCCUGGCCGGGGCAGCAGCAGGGGCAUCAACGCCCACAACCACCAACACGCACACAACCACGGUCACCGCCAUAACCACCACCCGCCCCACUCGCAGCACCUCUCUCCCCACGCCACACACAACCAACACCAACCUCAUCAACACACUCAGCACAGGCAGCACUCAUCUCAGCACACACAGCACCCUCAACACCGCCAGCACCCCAACAGUGGGCAGCAGCAGUCACAGCACCUCCAGAGCCAUACUGGCCAGCCAGCACAGAUGCCCUGCACCAGCACUGGUCUGUCAGCCGACUGGUACCCCAACUUGGACUGGCUGAAGGAGAGCUGUCGCAUCGCCGGCAGCUACAACUGGGCUGACGUGGACCUCGCUCCAUUCCAAGGACUAAAGGAAAGCAUGAGGCAGGCGGAGCUCAACAACUGGUCCCUGGACCCAGCCCAGAUAGCCGACCUGUGCUCCUCCGUCAACCAGUUCUUCACCCGCACUGGGGUCAUCCCACCACAAGGCCCAUUGCAACCACAGCCACCCCCGCCUGCCUGUCACGGCCCCAUGCACACCAGCAAGCCCAGUCAGCACAUCAACACAGGUAAUCUGUAUAUGGACUCUAGACAGAACAUGUCUUCAAUGAUGGGAUCCCCGGGUUACCCCCACAUGACCCCCAUGAGCACCGCAGGCUCCACGAUGACAGGGCUCCAUGGCCAGAUGAACCAGCAGCACAUGAUGCCACCUGGACACUACCAGAUGAGGAGGCUGCCUACCGAAGACAUCCAGGACGACUUUGACUGGGACUCCAUCGUUUAGAACUGCCCCAAGGAGAGGAAGAACGAGGGAUAGGGAAAGAGGAUCAGAAGAGGGGAAGAGGAUUGGGACCGGCCACAUAUGCCCUUUGGAGAAAGAGAGACAUUACAGGAGAGGAGUGUCAAUCACCUGAUUUUGGUCUUUUUAUACAAGAGUGUAGAGUGACUUUGAAGACAAUCAAACGUAAAGAGAGACUAGUCAACGUUUACCACUGGACAAGUUAUGGUCAUUUUGUCGAGAAAAAAUUACAUUUGGAACGGUUUCGUCUCAAUGUUCCAAGUGCCAACAGGUUUAGAAGUUGCCACAAAUUGUGACAAGCGACGGUGAAGUAUUUUGUUUAAUAUAUGCUUCGAUUCUCGUUUCCUUCCGCUCAAAGUGGAAAGUAGCGUUUGUGUUUUCCGUCAGGUUUUUUUCAAGACACGUCCACCUGCCACUGAACUGAAAGGACUGGGCGUGGAUGAAAAAGAUAGUGCCAUUAUACGUCGGCACAAACAACCGGCAUCAUGCCAAUUAGUCCACACAGUAUUGUGACUUUUCCUCCUCUACUCCCCUAUCUGGCAGAAGGGAUAAGAAAUCCACAGAAUUAUAUUUGCGCCACUUCCAAGAAAUACAGGUAGUUAGAAAUGUGACAAUAGGGGUAGACCAGAUAAGAAUCGUCACGCUAAUAAGGGAAUGACAUUGGGGUACGGUGGCUGUCGACAACAACAAGUGUUUGACUGACUCAGGCGCCAUCUUGUUGGUGUAGGCUUAUAUUGCAGAGAGAAGUGACCGUAUGUUAUCAGAGGAGAAAUCACAUUAUACCACACCUGGGUUCAAAUGCUAUUUGAAAUCUUUCCCGCCUUGAGUGCGAGAUUAAUGGGGUUUGCACUUUUGAGAUGUUUCUAUUGGUCCAAAAAGUCUUAAUCAAGCACAGAUGAUUUUUUUGGAAUUCAAAUAAAAUAUUUUGUACUUUUUAGCCAUUUUUCUCCCCAAUUUCGUGAUAUCCAAUUGGUAGUUAGUCUUGUCCCAUCGCUGCAACUCUCGUAUGGACUCGGGUAGAGGCGAAGGUUGAGAGCCAUGCGUCCUCCGAAACACGACCCUGCCAAGCCGCACUGCUUCUUGACACACUGCUCACUUGACCCGGAAGCCAGCCACACCAAUGUGUCGGAAUUAACCUCAUACAACUGGCAACCAAAGUCAGCGUAUCCCGGGCCAGCCAAACCCUCCCCUAACCUGGACAGCGCUGGGCCAGUUGUGUGCAGCCUCAUGGGUCUCCCGGUCGCGGCCGGCUGCUACACAGCCUGGGAUCGAACCCGGGUCUUUAGUGUAGCCACUCGGGGGACCUUUGAAAUUAUUUCUCAUAGUAUUUGCAUUGCACCCUUAAAUUUGUAUUUGAAAUCUAUGUAACUUGCUUUAACAUUCAAUGGUUUAAUGAGAACAAAAAUCUUCCAGUGUAACAACUUUUGUGUUUAGUACUUCGCCACUUUCUUAACUCUGAUCAUGAAAAAAUGGUGACGCUGGGCCAAUGUUAUGUAUGUGUCUCCUGUUAAUCCCUUACUGGUAUUGUUGUGGUGUCUACAGUUGUUUUGUUCUCGCUAUCUCUGUGUGUUUUUCUGAGUGUGUGUGUGUGUGCGUGUCUGUGCGUGUGUGAGUGCAUGCGCCUAUGUGUGACAGCACAUGUGUUAGCGUUCAUCAGGACUGUCCUGUUGGAAACUCCAUGGUACCAAGUCCUCAGGGUCCCUGUUUCCUCUUCUUUUUUCUUUUUCAAAUAAACCCUAUUUCCUUUUGAACGUUACUGAAAGGUCAAAUGGGUUUGUGUGUCGUUUACUGUACAUGUUGGCAGGUGUUUCGACCACUGUGGUGGAAAUAUGCGCCUAAUGUACCACAUAAUCUACAGGGCCUUCAGAAAGUACACACCCCUUGACUUAUUCCACAUUUUGUGUUACAGCCUGAAUUCAAAAUGAAGUCUAUAUUUUUUUUUUCUCACUCAUUCUACACACAAUACCCCACUAUGACAGCGUGAACACAUGUUUUUAGAAUUGUUUGCAAAUUUAUUGAAAAUGAAAUACAGAAAUAUCUAAUUUACAUUAGUAUUCACACCCCUGAGUCAAUACUUUGCAGACUCACCUUUGGCAGCGAUUGUGAGUCUUUCUGGGUAGGUCUCUAAGAGCUUUCCACACCUGGAUUGUGCAACAUUUGCCCACUAUCAUUGUUAGACAACAAUUUCCAGGUCUUGCCAUAGAUUUUCAAGCAGAUAUAAGUCAAAACUAUAACUCAGCCAAAUUCACUGUCUUCUUGGUGAUAAACUCGUGUAGAUUUCACCUUGUGUUUUAGGUUAUUGUCCUUCUGAAAGGUGAAUUAAUCUCCCAGUGUCUGGUGGAAAGCAGACUGAACCAGGUUUUCCUGUGCUUAGCUCCAUUCUGUUUAUUUUUUUUAUACUGACAAAACUCCCCAGUCCUUAACAAUUACAAGCAUACCCAUAACAUGAUGCAGCCACCACUAUGCUUGAGAAUAUGGAGAGUGGUACUCAGUAAUGUAUUGGAUUUGCCCCAAAUAUAGCACUUUGUAUUCAGGACAAAAACUUAAUUGCUUUGCCACAUUUUUUUGCAGUAUUACUUUAGUGCCUUGUUGGAAAUGGGAUGCAUGUUUUGGAAUAAUUUUCUUCUGUACAGACUUCCUUUUCUUCACUUAGAUUAUUAUUGUGUAGUAAGCCCAAUGUAAUUGAUCCAUCCUCCGCUUUCUAUUAUCACAGCCAUUAAACACUAUAAUGGUUUUAAAGUCACCAUUGGCCUCAUGGUGAAAUCCCUGAGCGGUUUCCUUCCUCUCCAGCAACUGAGUUAGGAAGGAUGCCUGUAUCUUUGUAGUUACUGGGUGUAUUGAUACACCAUCCAAAGUGUAAUUAAUAACUUCACCAUGCUCAAAGGGAUAUUGAAUGUCUGCUUUCAAAAAAAUGUCCCAUCUACCAAUAGGUGUCCUUUUCGAUGAAUUGAGAAAACCUCCAUGGGCUUUGUUUGAGAUUCACUGCUUGACUGAGGGUCCUUACACAGAUAACUGUAUAUGUGGGGUAUAGAGAUGUGGUAGUCAUUCAAUAAUCAUGUCAAACACUAUUAUUGCACACAGAAUGAGUCCAUGCAACUUAUUAUGACUUAAGCACAUUUUUACUCCUGAACUUAUUUAGCCUUGUCAUAACAAAGGGGUUGAAUACAUAUUGACUCAAGACAUUUCAGAUUUUGAAAACAUAAUUCCACUUUGGUAUCGUGUGUAGGCCAGUAACACAAAAUCUCAAUUAAAUCAAUUUUAAAUUCAGGCUGUAUCACAACAGAAUGUGGGAAUUGUCAACUGGUGUGAAUACUUUCUGAAGGUACUGUACAUUUAAGUGAAAUGCUAUGGAUUUAGGACUUAAGAAGUCUCAUGUACCAGGUGAAUUUGGCUGGUGAACAAGAAUACUAGAACUUGACUUCAGUUGAGGGUUAGAUUAAUUUGGCCUGUCUCUUACAAAAAGAAAGUGGCCUGUUAUCCUGUUCACUAAAUGACCACUGGGCUAGAGUCGGUUACAGAUUGGCUACAUUCCGAAUCUCUACCCUUCUACCGACGUGUGCAAUCGUACACUCACCCCUAAUAGCUUUAAAAGGAACCAACUGGUGUGAGGAAUAUGGUGAAAACUCUUCCAGCCAUGCUUGCACCAAUCCAGAGCUUUUAAUCGAGGAGUGAUUGAGUCAACAUUGCUGGAGAAGGGUACCCACUGGGAACACACUUGUUGAAUCAAUGUUGUUUCCGCAUCAUUUCGAUGAAAUUAGGUUUGAACCAACGUGGAAGACGUUCAAUUGACAUCUGUGUUCAGUGGGGUAGAGAAUCGUAAUGCAGCCAUUGACUCUUUAAACACUCUUGACCCCUCAAAACACAAAUCCAUUCAUGGGCAUUGGAUGGGGACACACGAUGAUUCCAAGGUGCCUCGUCAUAGGAUGGGAGAGGGUAAGCAGUUUUUGCACAUUGCUGGACAAUGUGGUACGGUAGCAUCAGGUAAAGAAAAUGGUUGGACUGCUAGGUCUAACCUCCCCCUUAAUUGAAUCAUAAAAAGAGCUCAGUGAGGGAAAGAGAGGAUGGUAGAUAAUGCAGGAUAAAUAAGGAAUGAACAGACAAAAUGAUCAAAUGAACUGCGUUACUUACGUUUGUCAUUGUGUACAAGUGUGUUUUGUCCUCUCGCUAUCCCGUUAGUAUACCUACAAGUACAGAAUUGAAAUCGUAUCCAUUCAACAAUGUAAAUCAGUAUUUAACGAAUAUAUACUGUAAUGAUGGUGAUUAUGAAACGGGACCCUAAAGUGCUCUUGUGUCUUUGAAUACACUGACUCAGUUGAGUUGCAAUGUUCCAGACAGCAUUUCAUUGAAGAAGGAUUAGCAUAUACAGUAUAUUGUAUGUCUGUGUUAUUGUGCUUACUGUAAAUACUGUAUGUCAUUUCAAUCAUCCCUUUACCCUUCAGCAAUGGGACUCAUGAAUGAGAGAAAAUGGAGAGGGAAAGUAUUUCAGUAUUCCUCCAAGAGAAACACAGUAUGUAUAUUCCUAUAUGCUGUAUAUAUCAUACGUGAUCAAAUGCAUUUGCUUUUUGUGUGACACUUCCGUGUACUGCAGUCCGAUAUAAUUGUUUCAAUGUUUAUUAAAAUGUCAAGUGAACCUUUA